CUGAGAGUUCGGGAUAUGUAUGAGGACCUUGAAGGCGGCUUUCGUCACGCAAAUGGCGGACGUUGUAAACAGAGCCAGCAGUUUCUCGGAGGCCGAAGUGAAACAUCUGUUUUUAAGAUGAAUAACGUAGAGAUUGAGCGGUUGGAUAGUCUUGAGGGCUGGGUGGCCGUUAAAAGUAACAUAUUUGAAGAGCCAGAGACAUUUAAACUGGGCUUCAUCGUACAGUGGAGCGUCAUCGAGUGUAAGUUCGCCGUCACCUGCCACAACCGGACGUUACAACGGCAGAAACGCAAAGCCGAAGUUGUCUCCGACGACCCUCAGAUGAGCUGGGCCGGCCUCUUCUCCGUGAGCGAUCUGAAACACAUCCAUCUGCAGUUUACAUGUGUGGCUGACAUCUUGGUAACCUGCUUCCCGGAUUUGACAGAGUUCGAGGAAGGCAACAUUUGGGACUUGCUCUUCCUGACUCUGAGGUCAGGAGGUCCCGGAGAAGAUGAUGAGAGGGAUAUUGACACGCCAUGUAGGAAACUCGAAAAAUACUUCAGCACAGCCAUUGACAUGUGCGGACGAAAGAUUGUGCUCGAUACGUUGUUCACGCAAGAUGAGCGAGAUGUCGAGGAGUACUUUGAAAAUCUGCAGGAGUUCAAGAGGAAGAGCAUGCAGGAGGAGAUGUCGAGGGCCAAGGGUCACGUGCGACAGCUCCUGCAGAGUCAUGGCAGUGCAGACCGAAUGGUCGUUCUGCUCUGCACCUACGAGGAAGAGGACGAGGCUUACCAGGACCUGGUCACUGUGGCCACCACCUUCUUCCAGUAUCUGCUGCAGCCUUUCAGGGACAUGAGAGAGCUGGCCUGCCUCUACAAGAUGGAGAUCCUGAAGUCUUUGGAGUUUGAGGACUUGGGUCCUAGGAGAAUUGCAGCUCUGGAAAAGGAGGCGGAGGAGUGGAGAACCAAAGCAGAAGACGCAGUCGCCUCAAUUCAGGACAUCACUGUCACCUACUUUGCACAGACUUCAAAGGCUCUGGCUGCUAUGUCGAAGCAGAUGGAGGAGGACAAGUGUCGUUUUGGAGCCGCGGCCUGGGCGUCCGCAGCUCCCAGACUGGAGAAACUUCGCUUCCUUUUGGCCAAAGAGACCCUGCAGCAUAUGAGAGCUACGGAUAUGUGCCUCAACCGCAAGAAAAAUGGCAUCAGAGAAAUGUUGGGCAGUCUGUCUGGCAGAGUCAAGAGCCACAGAACUGAUUCCAGGUCUGCGUCUGAGGACGAGCAGCAGCAGGACACCGUGGACCAGCUGGAGAUGAAAUUCUAUGAAACCCAACUCGAACUGUACGACACCAAGUUUGAGAUCCUGAAGAAUGAGGAGCAGCUGCUGUUGGCUCAGAUAGACACGCUGCGACGCCAGAUUAAAGAGCUGAAGGAGGAGGUGGUGUACUAUGAUGUGUGUGAGGAUCCGGAGGAGCUGCAGAGCUUGGUUUAUACAGGUGUUCAACAAAAAGACUCUCCCACUGUCAGUCAGCUCAAAAGAAGCCUACAGACCUUGGAGACCAAGAGAAGCGGCAUCUGUGCCCGGCGAGCUUAUUUCCGCAACAAAAAGGAUCAGUGCAUGGAGGCCCACGAGCAGAAGCAGCUGCCCGCCAAGCAAAGCUCCUUACUCUUCAACCAGCACCAUCAGGUCCACCAGAGACGAGAGAAGAGGAAAGAGGAGGACCAGAUGAGGAAACAGUGGGUGGACCAGGAGCGAGAGAAAACUCUGAGCAGAUUACGAUCCUUCAGAGAGAGGCGACACGGGCAGUACAUCCUGAAGACUCCUCAGUCCAGGAUGUCUCUUUCGGAAGUGCCGUGUCCCUCCCAGCCGCUGUCCAUCAUCAGCCUCGGUCCAUCUGAAGGACCUCCCUCUCUCCGACCUGCAUCCAGACGCAAUAAAACACCCAAGAAACAGCAGCCUAAAGACAUCCCUGUCCACAUCUACUCUGCACCGCCACCUCCAACAACAACCUGCCCCACUGCACCUCCUCCUCCUCCACCACCUCCACCUCCUCCUCCUCCACCACUGCCCCCUGCUUUACCUCCUCCACCUGUCCAAGCUUCACCUUCCUCUGAAGACACACCGAUGCCUCUCUGUGAAAAGCCUCCUUUUCCAGCCAAGAACAUGCUCAAACAAAAUAUAGGGACAAUGGAUGAAGUGUUGGCCUCAUUGCAGCGAGGACAGAUUCAGCUUAGAAAGGUCACUGUUCCCAGGACAGCGUCCCCUGCUGGGGACUCGAGGAGCACUCUGCUGACUGCCAUCCGACAGGGCGUCACCCUGAAGAAGACAGCAGGAGUAAUAUUGAGCCUGAAUGAAAAGUGGUAUUUAAAUCGACUCUCGUCGUGCUGUAGAUGGUUCGUGCACAUGCAGAAGUCCUGAGCGGCGGAGACAACGAGCUGGAGCGCAGCAUCAAAGCCGCCAUGAUGAGGAUGAAGAAGGUGUCAGCCGACUCUGACUCUGACUCUGACGACAGAGACGAUGAGAUGCACAGUGCAGACUGGGACAGCUGAGCGCGCACACACACACACACACACACACACACACUUAGUUUUCUUCCUCAGUUUUGAACUACAGCUUACAUUACUGCCAAAUUUUCACAAAAAAAGCUUCCUCUUAGACAUGGAUGGGAUUACGCCUCUUCUGACUUAAACAUUGCACUUUUCAAAAAUAGCCCCGAGAUGUUGUAAUACAUCCAGAACCGCUCAAAUCCAACCAACCAGCUAGUGGCAGAAUCAGGAUUUAGUCUCCUUUUUUUAAAGCUGCAGGAAUCCCAAACUGAGCAAAUGAGGCGUUGUUCAGCGCUCAUUAAGAAGAAGAGCUGAGCAGUAGUGCUGUAGUACAGCGUGUAAAUGAUUGAAUUUCUCCCAACUCGCCCGGAUAAAGGCUUUUUGUGAGACUUUCACACAGCAGGGCUGCAGACAGACACUAAACAACUCCACUGUCACAAAUACUCAAUUUCUCACAUUGUGGAGUCCAAACUCGGCUGAUCUGAAUCUGACAAAUUGCUUUUUGUGUUUUACUCGACUUUACCCCAAUAAGGGCUAUUGCAAACCAAGUUUUGUAGUUUUUGCUAUUAUAUUCAACCGAAGGAAGUUAUGUACUGAAGUGCAGCACUGUUAAUUAUUUACAGCCUACAUGUCUAAAGUCUAAAGUUUUUUUAAUAACCAAAACUUCCUUUUUAAUUAUGGCAUUACUCUUUAAUGUGGUUGAAUCUGCAAAAAGGUUUGCAGACGGGUUGAUGUGUAGGGCAAAUUGUUCUUAUGACCUUUGAACCUGUGUCAGAGCACUUACCUGAAAGACAAGGCUAUCAUGUAUUAUGUACAACUAAAUACUGUGUGGCAAACUGCAUUAAAUGGUUUGCAGACGAAAUGUGUAAUCGCUGCAAAGAUAUGAAACGGUGUAAUGCAGACGAGCCGAUGAUGGCUGUGUUAUAAAAAUAAAUGAAGAGACACAUUAGAUCAUAA